GAACUAAUGAACUGAUUCCCUGUCCCAUAAUAAAAAAUAUAUAUACUACUCUUUCUUCGUGGUGUUAUUGCGUGAGAGAGAGAGAGAGAGAGAGCCAUGGCAUCUGCUUUCUUUUGUAUUUCUGCAAUAUUCCUUCUGUUUGUUCUCAUUCAUGAGGUUGUGCUUCUCGAGGGAUCGGAAGAUGCAGCGUUCAGUGAGAGCUACAAUAUCUCAUGGGGAAACGGCCACGUCCAGUCAUUCUUUGCUGGGAGGGAGAUUCAUUUGCUCAUGGAUAAAAUGUCUGGGUCAGGAUUUCAAUCUAAAUUGGACUACUCUUCUGGACUCUUCCACAUGGAUAUCAAAGUCCCAAGUAGGAACUCUGCGGGAAUUGUUACUGCUUUCUACCUGAAGAGCUCCCAAUCGAAUGGACAUGACGAACUGGACUUUGAGUUCUUGGGCAACCUCGAGGGCAAGCCGAUUCAUCUUCAAACCAAUAUAUUUGUCAAUGGCCAUGGCAACAGGGAAGAAAAGAUUCGACUCUGGUUUGAUCCUUCAAAGAAUUUCCACUCCUACAAAAUUCUGUGGAAUAGAUACUUGACAGCGUUCUUGGUGGACGAGAUACCGAUCAGGGUGUUCAUGAACAAGGGGGUGGCGUACCCAAGCAAGGCGAUGCAGGUGAUGGGGAGCCUGUGGAACGGCGAGGACUGGGCGACCAACGGCGGCAAGGACAAGAUCAACUGGAUGUACGCGCCAUUCACGGCCAGCUUCAGAACCUUCUCCAUCGAUGGCUGCCCCGCCUUUGAGGGCGGCCCUCAGUGCUACUCUUCCAAGUACUGGUGGAACGGAGGAGGGUACGCCGGUCUCUCCCCGAAGCAGAUCCUCGCUUAUCGGAUGAUUAGGAAAAGGCACCUCGUUUAUGACUACUGUACCGACCGACGUCGGUAUCCUGUCCCUCCCCCAGAGUGCUCCCAGACAGUUUAGAUCUCCCUUUUUUUUUUCUUUUCCAAUUUCUCUUUUGUUUUUGAAAAAGAAAAUCGCAUACCUUCUUGGGUUCUGGAUCUUCCAAUAGCUGCAACUCAUAGCCGCAAUUUUUGUUCUUUCUUCCUGUAGAUGUCAUGAAUAUCUUAUACUGAAAAGCUUGGGAGUUUAGCUCGACA